GUCAGCCUUGCAGCAAUAGCCAAUGAUAUACGUGUCUCAGAUAGCUGAUUGUGCAAAUGUCAGCCUUGUCAUUGCUAGAGCUCGCGAUAACGAUAACAUCGCUUUUGUUCAUUGCAUCCGACGACAACAACUAAAACUUCAUUCAUGUCUUUACCCUCUCCCUCAGAUGCACAACUAGAAAUGACACCUUCACCCUCUCGCGUUGCAUUCUACACUAGCAAUCUCUCCUCCUUUAUCUCCUCCCCCUCUACCUUUCGCAUCCUGCGUACCCUAUCUCCGCCCACACCACUACCCCCCAUCCCUCCCACACCCAAAAACCUCACUUCCGCAACCUUCGACGCAUACGAUGCCUAUCGCGGGCCUCUUUACUUUCCUCCCACUGCUACUAGCACCGCCUCAAACGAACCUUUAGGACAUCCAAAGAACCCAAGCCGAGAUCAUCAAUCUCCCUCUAAUCCCAACACUCCGCAAACCCUCUACAUACUCGAUUCCUCCUUCAACCCGCCUACCCUUGCACACGCACAUAUUUGUCUCUCCGCUUUAAACGACCACUACUCUUCCUCUGAAUCAGCUCACACAAAUGCGAGGUUAUUAAUCUUACUCAGUACCCAAAAUGCCGAUAAAAAGAUUACCGGCGCGAGUUUAGAGGAGAGAUUGGUGGGAAUGGAGUGUUUUGCGAAUGAUUUAUUGACGAAUUGGUAUUAUCCUCAUUCGGCUUAUCAUUACAAGAAAGAGAAGCUUGAUCGUUUGAAUGGAAAAUCAUCCGAGGUGAAUGAAUCCGAAUCUUCGGACGCCGAAUCCUUAGAAAUCGAUUCCAAUUCCGAACCGGAGCCAAUAGGUGGAACGAAAUCCAAAUCUUCCCUUCCUCAACCUCCUUCAUCUGAACCCCUACCUCCCGAUAAUCCCAACUCGAGGCCUAAAAUCAAUGUAGAUAUAGGUUUAACCUCUCUCCCCUAUUUCCACGACAAAUCCGCUGCCAUCGAAGCCUCCUCUCUCUACCCGCCUUCAACGACACACAUCCAUUGCACCGGCUACGAUACUCUAAUCCGCGUCCUCAAUCCUAAAUACUAUCCACCUACUCAUGAUCUCUCUCCUCUCAUCCCAUUCCUCUCAAACCAUAAACUUCGCGUAACUUACCGCAUCGACAAAGACUGUACAAAAGAAGACCAAGAUGCAUACCUAUCGAAAAUGCAGCAUGAACUACCCAGCCUAGGAGGAAAAAAGGAAUGGAUAGAAGAUAAGAAGAUCUAUAUGGCUUCAGGACUCGAAGGAAAAGAAAUCAGCUCCACCAAAGUUAGAUCGAUGGUUAAACAAUACAGCGCACCGGAUCCGCACCGGAGAGGACAGGGAAGUUCGAAAUUUAGGGGAAAGGGAAAGCAGGAAAAUAAGAAGAUUAAAGAGGGAUUGAAGGGAGUCGUAGGAACAUCGGUGGGGAAAUGGAUCACGGGGGAGAAGUUAUAUCGGUGGGAGGCGAAGGAGAAUGGGCAAUGAAAGAGAGAGAUGUAGGUACUUAGGUAGCUAGAUUAAAGCCCCGUCGCAUUCGUGAUAGCGAGGAGAAAUAUGAAGUACGAACCGAGACGUGAUAUGAUUUCAUGAGCCAGCUCUAUAAAUGCCCAAAAUAUAUUCCUUGCCCAUCCA